CCUAUAACAAAAUAUUCAAAAAUAAUUAUAAAAACUCUGAAGAUGAAGCUUUACAACAACUUUAUCAGCUUUGUCCUAACCUCAAUAGUCAAAGCAAAAAGUUAGCCUUAACAAUUAUAUUUUUAAAACCUAAUUGUGAUGAACCAAGUAUCAGGCAAAUAAUAAAAGGACAGAAUUAUACACCUUAUUUCAAAAAUGCUAAAGCUGUCACAUUACUUUUAGUUAAAAAUAUUUUACCAAAAAUGUUAUAUAAUAAUGUAGAUUUGACAGAUGCAACUUUAACAGAAGACAAGGAAUUUUUGU